UAAGAAAUAGUAAGAAUGAAGGUAAAAACAGCAGAGAGGAAUUAAAUGAGAAGAAGAGGAGAAAGAGAGAGAAAAAAGUGGAGUGGAGAAAUGAUGAAUGGCGGAGAUGACAGAGACGCAGACAAAGGAUUAAUAUGGAAACUUCCAGUACUCAAAACUAAGGAGUUGGGCAAAAUUGGCCCAGCUUUCGCCUUCGGAGCUGGCUGCGGUUUCGGCUUCGGUGUCGGCCUUAUCGGCGGUGUGGGCUUUGGCCCUGGGAUUCCGGGACUGCAGUUUGGUUUUGGCAUUGGUGCUGGAUGUGGUGUUGGUUUGGGUUUUGGAUAUGGCAUUGGCAAAGGUAAUGCUUAUGAUGAGGGCAGAAGAUACUCAAAUAUUGGGAAGCCUUUUAAUGGGUCAACCAUUCCAUCUCAGGAUGAGAUGGGUGCACUGGUUGAUGAGCUUGUUAUUAACUCCAAGAAGCUAAUUGUCGCUGCUUCAAAGGAAAUCGACAAAUGGAGACGAUAGGCAGGAGUUUACUAGUUCCUAGUGUAGCUACUAUGAAUCUUCUUAAUAGUAUUAAUUGUUGCUCCUAAGGUGGAGCACAUGUAAAUUCUCCAAAAGGCAUGCAUACAUGAUAGAGCCAUAUCCUUUGUAUAUUGUUGAAUAUACAUUAUGGUAUAUACUGUUUAUCUUGGUUCAAA